AUGCGUUCCGGCCUGCGAUCAACCGUCGACCGGUUGGAUCAACCUAGUGCCUAUUACCACAACCGAAAUAAUAAAAGAAGACGGAAUGAUCAUGGGCGGGAUGGCAAAGACGGCAAUAAAGACGGGGAUACAGACAUGGCCGACGCCAAACCGGAGGAACCGCCCGAGGAUCCUCUCAAGAAUGCCACUACACUCUAUGUUGGUAAUCUGUCUUUCUAUACAACUGAAGAGCAAGUUUAUGAACUCUUCUCAAAAUGCGGCGAGAUCAAACGCUUGGUUAUGGGAUUGGACAAGUUUCAGAAGACGCCGUGUGGCUUCUGUUUCGUAGAGUAUUACACGCACCAAGAUGCCCUCGAUUGUAUGAAGUAUAUCGGUGGGACGAAGCUUGAUGAGCGUGUUAUCCGUACCGAUCUGGAUCCAGGGUUUGAAGAAGGCCGCCAAUACGGUCGUGGCAAAUCGGGUGGGCAGGUGCGCGACGAGUAUCGUGACGACUUCGACGAGGGUAGGGGCGGUCUAGGCAGGGCCCUUCAGGCAGAAAGGCUGCGUGAUUCGGAAAGGAAUCGUGAGAGGGAUGGCCGCCAUGAAGACGACUAUGGUAGACUUCGAUAG